AUGGAAAAUAGAUCAACUUUUACCACAUUCAUUCUGGAUGGCUACUAUGUAAUGGACAAACAGAAGCAUUUGUUCAUUUUUAUUUUUCUCUUACUCUACGCUGGAAUUUUUAUCCUGAACUCACUUCUCAUUGCUGUAAUCUAUUUUGAAAAAGCACUGCAUAACCCAAUGUGUAUAUUUUUAUGCAAUCUGUCAUGUAAUGGUAUUUAUGGCAGCACAAGUCUGAUCCCACAUCUGAUAUUUAAUCUCACUACUGAGGAGCAUAGGAUAUCUUUAACAAAUUGUCUCAUACAAAUCUUCUGUUUACACACUUAUAAUAUUAUUGAACUAACUAUAUUGGCCUUUAUGAGCUAUGACCGUUAUGUAGCUAUUUGUUACCCACUUCACUAUCAUGAUAUGAUGUCGACAAGAAAGUUGCAGGUAUUUAUAUAUUUUGCAUGGUCUUAUCCAGUCAUUUCUUUUCUGAUAUUUGAAGUAUUCACAAUACGCUUAACCUUUUGCAAAGAAGUUUUAGAUAAGACACACUGUGCAAAUUUUGAAGUCAUUAAACUCUCUUGCACAGACAUCACUAUCCACAGCAAAGUUGGUCUUGGUCUACUGGCUGUUCACGUGAUUCCACAGGUUAUAAUGAUUUUAUUCUCUUAUGCAAUGAUUUUGCAUGUUUGCAUAUUUUCUUCUAAGAAAUGUCAAAACAAAGCCAUCCAAACAUGUACACCUCACAUUCUUGCUGUUUUGAAUUAUUUUAUUGGAGUAUUUUUUGAAAUAAUACAAAGUCGGCUAGAUUCAAGGUAUUUCCCUUACGAAUUCCGAAAUUUCAUGUCUAUAUAUUUUAUGAUAUUUCCUCCUCUGUUAAAUCCAGUUAUCUAUGGCAUAAGUGUUCAGGUUAUAAAGAAACAUAUUCAGAAUUUUUUCAUUGCCUUUGUAGGGAAGGCCUACACGGCACCAGGCCAAGGUGGUGCAUCCCUGCACACCAUGGUGGUCUUGCAGGCCUACAAGGCUGAUCUGCUGAAAGAUCUCGACCUUGGCGAGGGAUUUAACCUUGAGACAGUCUCUGAGCUACGUCAAGCCACACAUCUCACGCUCCAUGCCACGAAGCAGACGGCCCGCGCCAUAGGCUGCAUUAGUUGCCAUGGAGAGGCAACUGUGGCUUAA